GGGCACCGGGCAGGCGGAGGCUGCGACGCGCAUGGAAGCGGCGGCGGUCCCGGUCCCGGGCGGCGGUCCCGGCCCCCUGCUGCUGUGCCUGGCCCUCGCCUCCGGUAAGCGGCGGCACCGCGGCCGCGCGGGGGAGUCCUUCCCGGCACGGGGCUCUCGCGGUCCCUGAGCGCUCGCACCCCGUGCUCUCCGUCCCGUCCCAUCCCGUUCUUCCCGAUGCCUACCCGUUGCCAUCCCCGUGCCCCGCAUGCCGUGCCCCGUGUUCCCUCCCCGGUCCCGUCCCGGUGCUCCCCGUGCUGUGUCCCUCGCGUUGAAACCUCCGUGGAGUGGGGAUGGGACGCUUCUGGCACCCGGCAGCGGGACCCUGCCCGCGGGCAGCCUCAGUGCUGGUGGACGUCUGGGUGCGUGCGUAUGUGGACGUGUGGAUCCUGUCCAGCGCCAGCGAUAGAGGAUACUAGGAGCGAGUGCCUGCCCUACAGGUGCCCGUGUCGGAGCAGAGGUGCUCCUUCAGCACUAAAUGAGGAGGGGAGGCAUCCUGCCCCAGAGCCUCCCUUAUGAAGGCACUUGGUUUGGCUGCCUUCAGGAGCAGCACAGCCCCACAGCCCCACUGACACCCAUCACCCUCAUCUACUGGGUGGAUUUCGGGCAGCAGGCAGCCCCCUGGGUCCCAGAUGUGCCCUCUGCCGUGAGCAGCCCGGGGCUCGGCCCUUUGGCGGGGCUGUGUUGUGCUCUGCCCAGUCCACACCCACACAGGGGAAUGGUGCCCGACCUGUUUUGGGGCCACGGUGCCCAGCACGGGAAGAUGAGGACUGUGGGAUCCGGCUUUGGAAGGACAUCUGAGCUGGGUGGGCUGAGAGCGGGCUGCCAGAGACCCCACAGUGCUGCUAUUACCCACAUCAUCCCCAUGCCACCGCCCUGCUGAGGGGAGGCUGCCUGAGGGAGGCUUGCAGAAGGAGGGCAGCUGUGGCAGCUGUUUGCCGUAAGGGUGGGGAAGCUGCCCUGCCGGGGUCGUCCCGUGCUGGGGUGAAGUCAGCCUGCAGCUGGUGCCGGGGGGGCAGCCGGGCCUCAGCUCUCACGCUGGAGACUGCACCCAAGCUUAUUGGCGCUCAGUCACACGACGUGUGCAGUUACAGCAGCGCUGCCUAUUUAUAGCCUGGAGGGACACGGGUGCCAGGAAAGGCUCUGCUGCUGGCUGGGGGACUCAGGAGGCUGCCCACUUAGUCCCUCCACCGCUACCACGGGGCCGUGGCAGGCAGGCCAGGUGGCCAAGCGGCACAGCAUACCCGCCCACCCUUCCCUUCCCCACAUGAUGAGGAUGUGCCCCUGGUGACGUGCUGCCCCGCUGAGCACCAGCCCCGCCAGCAGGACCUGUCCUGUGGGAAGUGGGGCUGUGCUGGGUCAUCGUUGGUGUGCCCAGACCUGGUUACAGCACCACCGUGCAAACCUCCCUGAGGCUGGGGUGGCUGUCCCUUUCCCAUCUGAGCCCAUGAAGUGGCACAAUGGGGCACAGUUUUUGGAUGCCCAGGCUCUUCCAAAGGGGCCACCUGGCUAUCUGGGGCUCUGCCAGCCGUCCUCAUGUCCCCCAAGCCCUUCCUGUUGGCUCCUGCCCCUCCGGACCCCCCAGGUUGCACCACCACCAUGGCAUGGGCAGCGUGCAGGCUGCAAUGGGCCCUGGCUGGGUGCCCGCAGGUGGGAAGCGGCAUCCCUCCCUCCCCGCCUGGAGAGAAGCCGAUGCUGGCCUGGCGCUUUUCAGCUGCGUGGGUGCCGAUGCCAACGUGACCGAGGGGCUGCCCUGCGAGGGCUGUGCAGGUAACGUGACGCAGCUGCGGCGGCGGGGACACUUCUCCCGGUGCCCCGAGGAGUACCGGCACUACUGCGUCAAGGGACGCUGCCGCUUCCUCGUGGCCGAGGCGGCGCCGGCCUGCAUGUGCGAGCGAGGCUACACGGGGGCACGGUGUGAGCAGGUGGACAUCUUCUACCUGCGAGGCGACCGGGGCCAGAUCGUGGUCAUCUCCCUCAUCGCUGCCGUCGUCACCCUCAUCGUCUUCGUCGUCUGCGUCUGCCUCUGUGCUCACCACUGUCGGAAGCAGCGCAGGAAGAGGAAGGAAGAGGAGAUGGAGACGCUGAACAAGAACGCGCCCUCGAGGAGCGAAGACGUGCUGGAGACGGACGUUGCGUGAAGGUGCGGGGGCGGGGGGGUCAGAGGGGACCCCCAAAGCCCCGACAGCCGCCCGCCAGGAACCUGCGGGCGGGUCCCGGCGCCGGCCGGGUGGGCGAGGGGUCGCGCUUGUCACGGUGCUAAUAAAAGGGUGACCGAAA